AGCAGGGAUGGCACAAACUAAGAUAAUUCAAUCGCGUUUUCUACACAUUUACGGUUUACUUUGCCUCGGUUCCUUGAUGGGUUGCAUUAAAACAAUCGGUGCUUCAAUUGCGCAGCAAACGCUUGCAGAUGCGGAUGCACCAGAUGGAGCUAAAGAUAAAGAGCGGGAAGCGGAAACGAAUGCGGAUGGGGAAGGGUAUGCGGAACCGGAACCGGUAGCGGUAGCGGAAACGGAAAAGGGAACGAGAACGAGAGCGCAUACAAAUAGGGACGCGGAAGCGGAUGCCCGCAUCAUGGCAACGGGAAUUUGCAUUAUAAGACUGAUAACAUUAAAGAGAUUUCUAGAGAAUUCCAAAACCGAUGAACACAAUCAAAGGCGCCAGCAAUCAGCAACGUCAGCAACGUCAGCAGCAUCAGCCGCGCCAGCUGGAGCACCCAGCCCGCGAAGGAGACACCUCCAUUAUCCCGGACAGCCAGCAGGACAUCCAGCACACCCGGAGGUGUGCGCCCUGCUAGUGCUCCUCCUGCUCACCAGCCUCUGGCCGGAUUGCUGCGAGUGCCUCCACGGUGGCAGCAACACCGUCAAGACCAAGUACGGCCUGCUGCGAGGCAUCGUCGUCCGCUCCUCGCCGCUCGUGGAGGCUUUCCUGGGCAUUCCCUAUGCCUCGCCCCCAGUGGGCAGUCUCAGAUUUAUGCCCCCCAUAACACCCUCGACGUGGAAAACGGUACGCAGCGCGGAUCGAUUCUCGCCGGUCUGUCCGCAGAACAUACCCAUACCGCCCAACGGACCGGAGGCGCUCCUGGAAGUGCCCCGCGCCCGUCUCGCCCAGCUGCGCCGCCUGUUGCCGCUGCUCAAGAACCAAUCGGAAGACUGCUUAUACCUAAAUAUCUAUGUGCCCUACGAGACGCGUCGCCAGAGACGUAACACCGAUGAUACUACCGGCGAAUCGAAGACCAAAUUGUCCACGGUGGUGUUCAUCCAUGGCGAAUCGUACGACUGGAACUCAGGGAAUCCCUACGAUGGCUCCGAGCUGGCCGCCCAUGGCAAUGUCAUCGUCGUGACAAUCAACUUUCGUCUGGGGAUCUUCGGAUUCCUGAAGACCGGCGGCAAGGAGAGUGCCCAGGGAAACUUCGGACUGAUGGAUCUGGUGGCGGGUCUUCACUGGCUCAAAGAAAAUCUGCCGGCGUUCGGUGGGGAUCCCCAGAGCAUCACACUCCUGGGCUACGGAACUGGAGCUGUGCUGGCCAACAUACUGGUAGUGUCUCCAGUGGCAAGUGACUUAAUCCAGCGCACGGUUCUGGUGAGCGGCUCCGCCCUGUCGCCGUGGGCCAUUCAGAAGAACCCCCUCUUUGUGAAGAGGCGCGUGGCGGAACAGACCGGAUGCCACGGCGACAUGUUGUACGACGACCUGGCCCCCUGCCUGCGCACCAAGAGCGUCGCCGAAUUGCUGGCCGUCAAGGUGGAUCAUCCACGAUUCCUCGUGGGCUUCGCUCCAUUUGUGGAUGGCACUGUUAUAUCACCAGGCGCCAAUCCUUUGGGCAGCACCACAUUGCCCCUUGGAUCAGCUAUUGUUAGUACUUCAGGAAUUGAAUAUGCAAACUUUCCGAAACGAGACCUCAUUUUCUGCCUUACAUCUGUGGAGUCCUAUUUGGAUUUGAGUGCCCAGGACUUGGAGUUCGGCUUCAAUGAGACGCGACGGGAUCGCAUCCUACGCACUUUUGUGCGAAAUAACUUUCACUACCACCUGAACGAGAUAUUUGCCGUUUUGAAGAACGAGUACACCGACUGGGAGAAGGCCAUCCGUAAUCCUCUUAGCUCCAGGGACGCCACACUGCAAUUCCUGAGCGAUGGCCACACGGCCUCGCCGCUGAUUAAGUUGGGCUAUAUGCACAGUUUGCGUGGAGGUCGCGCCUACUUUCUGCACUUUAAACACAAGACCAUCGAGGAGGAGUACCCACAGAGAUCCGGCUCCGUGCGCGGCGAAGAUGUGCCUUUUUGGCUGGGUCUGCCAAUGUCCCCGCUCUUUCCCCACAACUACACCACCCAGGAGCGCCAAAUCGGAAGACUAAUGCUGCGAUAUCUUUCCAACUUUGCCAAAACUGGCAAUCCGAAUCAAGCCACGGCGAAGUCAGCGUUCCCCAAUCCGACCGAGGUCUUGGAGACUGCCCUACAUCAGCAGAAGAAGCGCUCCACUGGUCUGACCCAUCCCAAUCUCAGCGAGGCUCUCAAUCUGGCAGUGCUCUACAAUCAGCGCCGGAGCAAUGCCAUGCACGAGAAGCGAUCCUACAUACGAAGAAGACUGCGGAGCAAUGAUGCAGCCUUCACCCAGCUGGGAAUCUCCAGUGAACGGGAUGUGGGCAGCUACGAUGGCGAUGAUCUGCCAUUUUGGGAUGCCUACGACGUGGUCAAUCAGCUGUACGUGGAAUUGGGAAACAAGGCCAACAUUCAGAGCCAUUACCGCGGUCAUAAACUGUCCAUGUGGCUGAACCUCAUCCCUCAGCUGCAUCGUCACUUCAACAUCAACGACCAGUCCAUGCGACACCAUCAGUUCCAGGACGACAUGAACAACAGAGAUCUCUACGAGGGCGUUGUGCGACCACAACUGCAGACUAAGCCUGCCGAAGAUGAUAACAUCAUCAUCAUGCAGAGGAGUAGGACAACGACGCCGCCGCCGCCCUUAAAGAGUCCAAGUACAAAUGCCACGCAAGCCUUGAAUCCCCUUGGCACGGGAACCACUACCACCACAGAGUGCGGCAUCGAUGGAGCCAUGUCCGUAUCGGAACUAACCACAACCCAGUCACCAAACGACAAUAGAACUGGGAUAGUGCGCGUGGAGACCCAGAAGGACCUGGCCACCGCGUCCACUGGGCUCAUUGGCAACCUGGAGCUGCUUCGCCGUCUGGGAGGAAAACAGUUCCAAAGCUAUACGACAGCCCUGAUAGCCACCGUAGCCGUGGGUUGCUUCCUGCUAAUCCUAAAUGUCCUGAUCUUCGCGGGCAUUUACCAUCAGCGAGAAAAGCGAGCGCGAGACGCAAAGACCAAGGAGGAGUUGCAGGAGGGCGAUAGCAGCAAGAACUCCAGCAUCCUGAAGCUCAACGCGCUGAUGGGCGGCGGCGGAGGAGCUUGUGGUUCUGUUCCAGGUGACAUUGCGGAUGCGUACACCUUAAGCGGCUCCGUUGUGGACAGCAAGGGCGGCGUAGGCGUCGUGUUCGGGGAGUACAGCUGCUACGAUGAGAAAACCAAGCAGUUGAAGGAGGAAAAGCUUCUGGUGGAACUGCCACCGUCUUCGUCGACGGGUCAGACGUCUCUGAUGAUUGACAGUUGGGGCGCGUGUUCUACGAGCACUUUGGAUCUGCUAAAGACCAAGCCAGGCGAUCCCAUCGAAAUGGUCACCUACAGUGCCCUGCCCUCGGUGAUGGAAUCCACAUCGGCCAUGAGUAGCAAGCGUGGGUCCUUCGUGGAUACCACACUGCAAUUCAAUAGCCCGCAGCAAUUCGACUAUGCUGUCCAGUCCUCGGAUCAAAUGUCCUUCAAGGCGAUAGAGGACGCAGUUAAAGCGGCGGCCGGGCAUGACUCUGAAAUCACCCGGGAUGAUGACAUUCCCGAACCGCCGCCACCACCACGUUCUUUGGCCGCCCAACAGCAACAACAGCAGCAGCAAACGGGAAUCCUGCGUCAGACGGGGACGGGCGGCAGUUCCACGUCAGGAUCGGCGAGUGGCAGCGGCAAGAAACGUGUACAUAUUCAGGAAAUCUCAGUCUAGCAAUCAUAACCCUUCUAGUAACCAAUUGUGACCCUAGUUUAAAGUUUUUAUCUGGUUAUAUGCGUCGAGCUUGUCUAACUUGAGCUUUCCAUACUUCUGAGUCCAAAUUUUAGACUUUCUAAACAACUAUCUCUUAGAAAAUUGUUUCUCUGUACUUACUAUUUAAAUUUUAGAAUACUUUUCGUUUAACAACUGACGCGAUUAGCCUGUAAGCUUUCGAGUACCAAUUCAAAUACUUAUUCGGUGAGUUCGACUCUUGUUUGGUUAUCUAUUUCCGCUCAUAGCCCUUAAUAUUUCAAAUAGAAUCAUAUUUUUGUU